ACAUGUACGUCUAGAAUUUGAAAUAAAUACUAGUAAAGAUAAUGAAUUAGCAAUGAAAGAUAUGGUAAGUACUUCAACAGCAUACAUACAACCUAAUCGUGUAAAAAAAGAUCAAAGAUUUAGAACCUUGUCAGGAGUAUCAAAUUGGAGAGAAUGGCAAUAG